CCAACCCCACGUCCCCCUCCUGCCGGUUCCCAACCCCACGUCCCCCUCCUGCCGGUUCCCAACCCCACGUCCCCUCCUGCCGGUUCCCAACCCCACGUCCCCUCCUGCCGGUUCCCAACCCCAUCGCCCCCUCCUGCCGGUUCCCAACCCCACGUCCACCUGCCGGUACCCCACCCCAAGUCCACCUGCCGGUUCCAACCCCAUGUGCCCCUGCUGGUACCCAACCACACCCCAAGUCCACCUGCCGCCCCUCCUGCCGGUUCCAAACCCCAACUGCCCCUGCUGUACCCCCGCCGUACCCAACCCCACCAGUCCCUCCUGCCGGUACCCAACCCCAAGUCCCUCUGCCGGUACUCCAACCCCAAGUCCCUCCUGCCGUCCACCUGCCGGUUCCCACGCUCCCUGUACCCCAACCCCACCCUGUCCCUCUGCCGGUACCCUAACCCCAAAUCCUGCCGGUACACCAUUGCCGGUACCCCACACCACGCCCCUGCCGGUUCCCACCCCACAUUCCCUGCCAGUACCUCACCCUCAAGUCCCUUCUGCCGUACCCAACCCACCUCCCUGCUGGUACCUAACUCACGUCACCCUGCCGGUACAACCACGCUGCCCCUAACCCUAAAUCCCCUGCCGGUACCCCACACCACGCCCUCUGCCGGGUACCCCACACGCCCCUGCCGGUUCCCCACCCCACAUUCUCCUGCCAGUACCCCACCCCAAGUCCCCCUGCCGGUACCCAACCCCACCUCCCUGCCG